AGUUUUCGUACGAAAAAGAGCGAGAUGGCCGCUCUCAGAUUUUUCUCUGCUCAUAUCAGUCGUUCGUUCGCAGUUAUCUGAGUUUGUUAGUGUUUUCUGGUCAUUGCUUUAUGAGAUGUACUGAGUUAGGUUAGAUUAGGUUAGGUUACAUUUUAUUCUUUGAUCGCGUGAGUAUAAGUAAACGAGUGAAAUAUUUCAUAUUUGAUAUAUUAUUUAAAAGAUAUAUGCCUUGUUACAAAUCCUCCGGAAUAUUCAAGAUACCUUUGUUUCGAGUGGUAAACUCUAGUGUAUAGAAGAUUUUAGCUGAAACAGAUGGAUUGAUUAUUUUGUGAGAAUGAUUAUAUAGGUAUCCACAAGUAGCUGUGAUUUUAGUUGAAACAUCGACAAGGUAUUAUUAAAGACCAACAGUCUUAUGGAAGUUUGUGUGAUUGCCAAAAUUUGGAUGUUGAUGAAAUCAACACGAUAUUUGUCAAUUAUCUCUGGGCCACUCAUUUGACAGCUGCAAAAAUUUAUCAAGAAUUGGUUAUUUUUAACAGUAUCUUAUUAUUGUUUAAAGAAAGGAAAUAGUAUGUCACUGAAUUGUAUUUAUACAUAUUUGAAUAAAAAGGCUUCAAAGAAGGCAAAGAAGCAAAAUAUACUUUGAUUAAAGUAGUAAACAGUGUUAUGCUGAUUUUCAGUAGGCCACUUGCAAGUAUAUAUACAUGAUGUUGAGAGUGAUUUGUCCAAAAUGUCACCAUCGCUUUCCAGUGCUAGGAUGUUGUUUGAAAGGAAGCAAUGGGACUAAACAAAAGAAAAUGAAAGAGAAAGAGGAAGAAGAAGAGAAGGAAAAUGAGAUAAAAAGGGAUGACAAGAAAGAAGAGGACAAAAAGAAAAAGAAGAAUGAAAUUAAGGAAGAGGAAGAAGAAGAGGAAAGAGGAAAAGAAAAAAGAAAAAUGGCUAAUAGUGUUUGUUCAACAACAACAACCUAUUAUGUUAGUGGUCUCCCAGCACCAUGUAAUUGUAUUAGCGACAGUGAUUGUUUUAUAAAUUCAUCAACAAUUACUCAUGAGUCCACUGUACUACGGUCACAUACAACUAAUUGCGGCUCCAAUGUUAAAAUUAUCAGUUCUGAUAUAAUGGAACUUCCUUAUGAUAUACAGAUGUCAUCGAUGAAACAAAGUCACCAUCCACUAUUAAAAUCGCCAAUAUGUCAAUUAAAUGAUCAAGAUUCUCUUAUUGCAGUAACAGAAAAUAUUAACUAUAAAAUGACACCUUCGCAACAAUAUGUCGCAACAACGCGCGAACUCACUGGUGGUAGCGUCACAAUUACUACACCCGAUAUACAAUCCGGUGGUUGCCUAAUACAAAAUACAGAAACUGAAAUUUUGGUUCAAGCUUCACAAAUUAAAAUUCAGCCAAAGCUUACUGGCGGCGGUUGUCUUGUGCAAAAGAAAGAACUGUCCACUGAAGAUGAACGAUUAACUACAUCUAAACACAUGAAAGACUUCAUGCUCGUCAAUAAUGAUGUUUAUCAGACAUUUGUUACGCCUCCCAGUGGUAGUUUUGAAUUGUCUAAAAAUAUAAAGACAUUGCCAUCCGAAACAAUAAAGGACGAUGAGAAUAACGAAAUAAUGAAUCUCAGAUCGAGACAGCAAAAAAUACCCAAUGUAAUUAAAACAAAUGAUUGCUGCAAUUGCAAAAACGCGUUUCAACAAAAUCAUUGUCAAUAUCACAGACAACCGUUUGAUGCAUCUCUUACUAAUAAUCGUGAUUCCGUGUUACUGGAACCUGUCGGUAAUAGCGUACAAAUCCAAGUAAACGCCACCGUACAGCUACCCGCAAGCUUAGGUCAGUGCACAGUAAAUAUUACAGCAACAACGACAACACCACCGAAAAAAAUCGUGGCUAUGAAGCUGCCGAGUCAUGGUAGAAAUAAUUUCCAUGGAGGUGGUAUUGUGCAACCGAACGACUUAAACUGUACAAUGGAGAAUCAAACUGUCGCAACUGAAAGUAGUAAGCAUUAUACCAACAUUGAGCAAAGAGAUGAAACACUGACUGCCCCAGUACCCUGUCUCAUGCCGACUCUCCGGAAUCAGGAUUCAGAUAUAAAUAAAUUGCGCGAGAUAAAAAGAUUAUUGCAAAUUUGUGGUUGGUAUCAUGAAGGUAUCAGUUGGCAGCAAAGUGAAAAUCUUUUGAAGAACUCAUCUGUAGGUCGAUGGCUAAUGAGAGAUAGUUCGGACAGUAGAUACACUUUUGCAAUAUCUGUACAAACAUCCAGAGGCCCUGCUUCCAUUAGGGUACACUAUUUUCUUGGACGGUUUCGACUUGAUGCUGAACCAAGUUUAGCGUUAGCGAUGCCAUUUUUCGAUAAUCCUAUCAGAAUGUUGGAACAUUAUAUCGAAUAUUCGAAGAAAAUGGACGAGCAUCGUAGAGAAGUGUGGGUCGAUUACAAUGGACAACUGUACAGCCAGAUAUAUUUGACCAAUCCCAUUCUCAAAGAAGUUAGAUCACUAUCACAUUUGGCCAGACUCGCCGUGAAUAGAAGCAAGUUGUCCACCGAACGUUUGCCACUCUUAAUUAAAAACUACAUCGAGGAAUAUCCAUAUAUCCUUUGAACAUGCAACAAUUGUAUCGCAGGAUACUUUAUCUUCCAGUGCAUAUAAAUAAAAAUUUAUUUUUAUAUACUAUAGUAUGAACUUCUCCGAUGACUUAUUUUUUGAUAAUAGACCAAUUAUGCUUUUAGUUGCAUCGGAUACAAAAAUUGCAAAUACUAAAAA